CCGGGCUGUGGCUCAGCUCUCAGAGGGAGUCAAGCACCAGGCAGCGGUCGCAAGCCAAGCCCCCCUGCCAGCAUGGCCAGCGAGUUCAAGAAGAAGCUCUUUUGGAGGGCAGUGGUGGCCGAGUUCCUGGCCAUGAUCAUCUUCAUCUUCAUCAGCAUCGGUUCUGCCCUGGGCUUCAAUUACCCGGUGAAGAACAACCAGACGUCAGGUGGGACCCAGGACAAUGUGAAGGUGUCCCUGGCCUUCGGGCUGAGCAUUGCCACGCUGGCCCAGAGCGUGGGCCACAUCAGCGGUGCCCACCUCAACCCGGCCGUCACCCUGGGGCUGCUGCUCAGCUGCCAGAUCAGCAUCUUCCGGGCCAUCAUGUACAUCGUCGCCCAGUGCGUAGGGGCCAUAGUCGCCACCGCCAUCCUCUCCGGGGUCACCUCUUCCCUGCCCAACAACUCGCUGGGCAGCAAUGCGCUGGCCCCUGGCGUGAACUCGGGCCAGGGCCUGGGCAUCGAGAUCAUUGCCACCCUGCAGCUGGUGCUGUGCGUGCUGGCCACCACUGACCGGAGGCGCCGUGACCUUGGGGGCUCAGCGCCCCUCGCCAUAGGCCUCUCUGUGGCCCUGGGACACCUGCUGGCGAUUGACUACACUGGCUGCAGUAUUAACCCUGCCCGGUCCUUCGGCUCCUCGGUGAUCAGUCACAACUUCACAGACCACUGGGUUUUCUGGGUGGGGCCGUUCAUCGGGGCCGCCCUGGCUGUGCUCAUCUACGACUUCAUCCUGGCCCCUCGCAGCAGCGACCUCACGGACCGCAUGAAGGUGUGCACCAGCGGCCAGGUGGAGGAGUACGACCUGGAUGGCGACGACAUCAACUCCAGGGUGGAGAUGAAGCCCAAAUAGAGGGGGCCAGGCCCGGGCGUCCCCGUGGGGGACAGGGGCAGGGGUGGGUGGAGGGCGGGGAGGGGUGAAUUCUGUAUUGUAGACACUCUGACAAGCUGGCCACUGUCACUUCGAGAAGGUGCGGAGCACGCGCAUGGCCAAGCCUGAUUUGGGGCUGUUGCUACCACUUUCUUUCUCUUUCUCUGUUUCCUGGCCUUGGGGCUUCCUGGAGACCAAGACUUACCACUCACCCACUCCCUUAAAGUCACAGAGGAGGUGAAAGAGAGGGACCCACUCUGCCAAGUUGUCCCCUCAGAGUGUGACAGGUGUGCCGGAAAGUCCCCCUCCUCCCAAAGCAGCGCUCCAGCUCACCUGCAGCAGGUGCCUGGGGCUCCACUGUCAGUGUUUUGUGCCUUUGGGCGUGGCCCCUUCUUGUAACAUGCACUUUGCCCCCUAGGGGGCUUUGAGGGAAACAGACCCCAGGACGGGUGUCAGGAGCGAGUGAUGCUGAGCUUUAUCCGCACAGCUUGGCUUGCUUCCAGGGCCCUCCUUCGGCUGGGCCACAGAACCUUGGGAUGGUCCCUAUCUUGGGGCCUCAGUGACCUGUCUGUGAAGUGGCAGGGACAGGGAGAGCUCUUGGUGGGCCUGAGGUCCCUCUCUAGGAUUCUGAAAGUGUGGAUACCCCGUGGGUUCCGGGAGAUGGAGUCUGGACCGGCGCUGUGUCCUCCAAGUGCACAGCCGUAGCUGUGCCUCUAGAGAGCAUGUGUACACACGCAUGAGUGUUUCAAAGCAGCAAGCGACAGUCUGGCCAUCGGAAGCUCCCUCCGCGGUGGCCUUGCCAGACAGACAAGCAAAGAGCCGUUCAGAGGUCAAAGGAGGAAUAUACAUGUUUCCACAUUGGUUUCACUUGGCCCUUCCCACCUAUCCCUGCAACAUCCUGACCGUUAUUCGGUUUUCCACUUCCUCCGGCCAGAGUAGACACAGGUCCCUGCCAUGCGGGAGUGUGUUUAUUAAGGGAUAGUUUGUGACCUGAGGCCCAAAGUCUGGGGACAGUUGACCGUGAGGUGGCUCAGCCCACAGAGGCCGAUGCCUUUGCUGGAUCCUCGGUGGGGGGGUCCCAAGUCCCCAGCUGACUCUGAGCAGGGAGGAGGAUCGGAUGCCCCACUUACUGCUGAGGUCCUGGCUGGAGGCGCUGAGGGCAGUGGGGUGACCUGCACAGGUCAUGUGACCCAGGCCACCAACUUCUGUCCUCACUCCCCUGGAGGAGAAUCGGCCUUGACCUGGUGAAGGGGCUGUGGCUGCAGCCCAAGUGCAGCCCAAGUCUGCACAGUCCAUUCAAUUCCACCAGGGCCAGAGCGUGCCCGCGGCCAUGGUGGUGGCAGAAACGGAGACACAACACCCAGCUAUCCAGAAGUGGGAAGCCCUUGACAGUCACGGAAGCAUCAUGGCAUGUGCACACUCUCCCCACUUCCCAAGCAGGGACUUCCGGUCCACUUAACGGAUGAGGAAACUGAGGCCCAAGGUCCCACAGCUAGACCUCGAUUUGGCCAGGCCUGGCAGCCAAGGCGUGUCUCUGGCUACUACCUGGCCCUUGAGAUUGACCCCUCUCAUCCCCAGCUUCUCAGUUUCUGCCUGGAGGGCACUGGAGGGCAGAGGGUCAUGCUGGAGGGGGAGGGGCAGACCCGCACUCCCUGCCCCGUCCUUGCCGUGUGCACCAGGACCCUGCUUCUGUCUGCGCUUCAUAUACGUCUCUUUGGAAUUGGGAGUUUCAUUCUAUGUUAAGAAAAUAAAGGAAAAUGACUUCUAAGGUCA